AUGGAUCGAAGACUCCCCCGCCUACUUCCGGCAGCUGAAGCUGGUGUGACCGCUGAAUCUCCGCACUCCGCCGCAAACUUUGUCAAAUGCGACGGCAGACGGCCUGCUUGCCACAACUGUAGCAGUGGCAAGCCUAAUAUUAAGUGCAAUUAUGCCUUGAGUGAGACGGAAGAAGCUCGUGCGCUCUCUCGUGGUACAGUGCUCAGGGAACUACAUGAGUUGUUCGAUCUACUUCAAAGAGCACCAGAGGCCGAGGCACAGGAGCUGCUCGGUCGAAUACGUGUGACGCAAGAUCCUAUUUCUGUCAUGCGUUCUGUUCAGGGCAUACAUAUACUGAACUCUGAUGCAAGGGCUGCACUUCGGUCUGGCGAGCUUGACCCAAGGCUACAAGCCAUAAACGCUAAUGCGUUGGAGCAUAGCCUUAUGAAAGUUCGUAGCAGACCUUGGACUGUUGUGGCCGAUGAUGGGAUAGUCUCGGAAAUGAUCACAUCCUUUUUCAUGUGGGACGAUUCCUUUUUCUAUCCUUUCAUUGACAGAGAGGCACUACUCGAGGACAUGCAUGCUGGAGAUCCAGAACGUGCCAACUAUUGUUCGCCAUUUCUUGUUAAUGCUAUAUAUGCAACCAGAUGUUUUACAUCAAGAAACGCCAAAGCGUAUAGCGCCAUUCUAAGGAAAGACAUUGGCGACCAGUUCCUAAUGGAAGCUAAGCGACUACUCGACCUCGAGGGCGGUCGUCCCUCGCUACCCACAGUUCAAGGACUUGCUCUGAUGUUCACUCUCUCAGCCUAUCGAGGAACGGAUAGAGCUGGCAUGAUGUAUCGAUACGCAGCGUACGAAAUGCUCAAAAGGCUGGAUCUCGAAAAGACAUUCAUGCAAAUAUGGACUGAUCCAUCAAAAAAUCGGCAAAAGCAAAUCAUUGCCAAAGCUUUAUGGGGUAUCUUCUGUUUCGAAAGUAUCGUUGCAUUCGUUUAUUUGCAGCAAUCUUUGGUUCAAGCGCCCCAGGUUGCCCGCUUUUUUCCGGUAGAAACGAUGUCUCCUGCACUCGUUGACUGCAACUUGGACCUGCUUGGAAAUGCGCACACGACUAGCAGUCGUUCCCCGCCUUUCGUUUCCAACAUACUUGAUUUCACGUGUGAUUUAUCGGUACAUCUAUAUGACCUCAUGGCAUGGAAUGCUGAAGCACCAGGAAUGAUUGGAACCAUAGAGGAUCUCGAUCAGCGCCUGCGGCUUCACCAACAAUUACGGCAAUGGAGAGAAACUCUACCAUGCAACCUGCGUCACGAGGUUAAUUUUACACCCCAAACAUGUUUUCUGAGCAUUUAUCUGAACGAGCUGUUUAUUGCCAUUUUGAGGCCUCUACAGCCAGAUAUCAUCUUUGACGGGAAAUCGAGUGUCAAAGACCUCUGUAUUCAAUAUGCCAUCUCCGACUUAGCGAACAUGAAAAAAUAUGUCAAUAAUUUCUCCCUCAACGCUUACUCUUGCAUGGUCUGCUGCGGCGCUUAUAACGGACUGCUUACGCUCAGCUCACAUCUCUACGACCGUAAAACUCAUAUACCAUUUACGACAGCAUGCGCUAUUAUCCGCGCGACAGCACGGGACUUCCCUAUGGCACGCUUCAUUUUGCAAGCCAUCAAAGCUUUGUGUUGGACACUUAAAAUGCCUAUACUACCUGCUGCAAUGCAAUACUUGGAAAAUCUUGGUGCUGGGAAAGAAAGCCUCCGAGAUGUACCAUUGGCGUUCGCUUUGCCCCAGGCUGAUGCCGUGCGGGAAUUGCUCUCGGACGACGAUUCUGAUGGCCAGCAACUUUGCAGCGAAAUGGGGGUGUUGCUUUCAAAAUGGAGUUCCUUGUCCAUUGAGUAA